CGUUCUUAAAUUUGGCGCCUUUCUCGUGCGCCGGCGAAUCGCGUUCCUUCACUUGGCACGGUUACCGGUCUCGGCGUCGGUUGUGUUUUUCUUCCAUCGUUCACCAAGACUUGUUCAGCGAAGAUGUCUGGCCGCGGAAAAGGAGGCAAGGCUAAGGCCAAGGGAAAGUCUCGUUCCUCUCGUGCAGGCCUGCAGUUCCCAGUGGGACGUAUUCAUCGUCUUCUACGCAAGGGAAACUACAGCGAACGAGUCGGCGCCGGUGCCCCUGUCUACCUCGCAGCCGUUCUUGAAUACCUUGCCGCCGAAGUCCUCGAAUUGGCGGGAAACGCUGCCCGGGACAACAAGAAGACCCGUAUCAUCCCUCGUCACCUUCAGCUUGCCAUUCGCAACGAUGAAGAGUUGAACAAACUACUCUCCGGAGUCACAAUUUCUCAAGGUGGUGUUUUGCCCAAUAUUCAAGCUGUGCUGCUGCCUAAGAAGACUGGACAGACUAGCUCUCCCGGCAAGCCAGGCAAGAAGGGUGGCCCGAGCCAGGAGUUCUAAGGGACGUUUCGUUCAUGUAUAUUUUCUUUGUACCUUCCCCUGUCGCGUGUAAUUAAAGGUGUGUUCGUCAAGCUUUUAGGCCUAGCCGCCUCAUUGUUCACUCAUAGGCUAUGGUGUACAUUGCUUUCAGUUUUAUCACCAUUGUACAGUGCGAACUGUAGCCCUCCACUGGCAUUCACUCAAACUUGUCACAAUAAACGUGGUGUCAAUUAUCUGA